GCCGCAGCCCGGAGCGUGGCCGGGCGCUAGCUGCGCCGAGACGCCGGCGAGGGACGCGGGGGCCGCGGCGCGGGAGGGCGGGAAGCCGGCGGCCAGCGGGCAGCCGCGGCUCGCGACGCGGUGCCCGGCCGAGCAGUAGAGUUACAGAGAGGGAGAGACAGAGGGAAAGAUCUUCCAUCCACGGGUUCGCUCCCCAAAUGGCCACAACAGCUGGAGCUGGACUGAUCUGAAGCCAGGAGCUGCUUCUGAGUUUCCCACGUGGGUGUAGGGGCCCAAGCACUUGGGCCAUCUGAUGCUGCUUUCCCAGGCCAUCAGCAGAGAGUUGCAUCAGAAGCGAGGAGGACAUGUACCGUGCUGCAGAUGAAAUAGAAAAGGAGAGAGCAUUGCUUAUACAUGAAAGAGGGGCAUCAGAACCCAGAUUAAGUGUGGCUCCUGAAAUGGAUAUCAUGGACUACUGCAAAAAAGAAUGGAGGGGAAAUACACAGAAAGCAACAUGUAUGAAAAAGGGCUACGAGGAGGUUUCUCAGAAGUUCACCUCCAUUCGGCGAGUCCGCGGAGAUAAUUACUGUGCACUGAGGGCCACACUGUUCCAGGCGAUGAGCCAGCUGGCAGAGCUGCCCCGCUGGCUGCAGGACCCGGAGCUCAUGCUGUUACCAGAAAAACUUAUAAACAGAUACAACUGGAUCAAACAAUGGAAACUUGGACUGAAAUUUGAUGGGAAGAGUGAAGACCUGGUUGACAGAAUCAAGGAGUCUCUUACUCUACUGAGGAAGAAGUGGGCAGGCUUGGCUGAAAUGAGAACUUCUGAAGCAAGGCAGAGAGCAUGUGAUGAACUGUUCACAAAUGAGGAGGAGGAAUACAGCUUCUAUGAAGCUGUAAAAUUUCUAAUGCUAAACAGAGCCAUUGAACUAUAUGAUGACAAAGAGAAGGGAAAGGAGGUACCAUUUUUCUCUGUGCUCUUGUUUGCCCGGGACACAUCAAAUGACCCUGGACAGCUGCUGAGGAACCACCUAAACCAGGUGGGACACACUGGUGGCCUUGAACAGGUUGAAAUGUUCCUCCUUGCCUAUGCCGUGCACCACACCAUCCAGGUGUACCGGCUCUCCAAGUAUAACACUGAAGAGUUCAUCACAGUCUACCCCACUGACCCACCCAAGGACUGGCCUGUGGUGACUCUCAUCACUGAGGACGAUCGACACUAUAAUGUCCCUGUCAGAGUGUGUGAGGAGACGAGUCUUUGAGAGAUGCACCUGUACAACCUGGCGACAUGGCAAAGGUGUCCACGCAGCUCCUCUGCUUGGCCUCAGGCCUGCAGGUCUCUGAGAACAGUCUAUGGGAGCGCUGCACUAGACUGGAAUGUUCUGAAGACUUUUGCUAAUAAAGACUAACAAGUCUUUCCCUUCGUGUGGGAUAUAGUACGUUUUGGGGGGCAGGGAGGGUCUUCAGUAUAUAUCUGCUGGAAGGUGCAAAUGACAACUUCCCAAGGAGGCAAAUUCUUUUGUAUCAGAGGAGACUCAUCUUGGAGAAUAAUAUGUUUCUUAUGUCUCAAAUCAAAACUGUAAUGGUGAACUGGCUUUUUAAUUUUUUUAAGACAGUAUUUUUUUUUUUUUUUUUUUUUUUUUGGUGGUAAUGGGUCUCUAUAGUGAUCUUUGUGCAGUCAGCUUAAGUGGUACAGUUCUGGGUAGAUCUGUUAAUGGCACAGUCAUAACAUCCUCUCACUGUCUCAGGAAGAAGAGUGGCUUGGAUUUACAUAUUAAGGCUAUUUUAAACAGAUUGUGAGAAUUAAGAAUUGGGUCCAAAAGUGAGUUAUUUGAAGGCUAAAGAGAGUGGUGAGGGAACCAAGAACUUCUCGCUCCAUGUCACUGUGACAGGUGUCCGAUGUCCCCAGUGUACUUGAGUCUGUGUGGCAAUGCCUUUCAGUGUGAAUGCACGCUGCUUGCAGUAGUGCCAGGCUACUGGGGGCUGUUCACUGUUCUCCUAUUCUGUAGACUCUGGUUUUAUAGGCAGAACAUUUUAUUGCCACCUGUGGUUUUAGAGGAGAAACCAAGGCCAAAUGGUUGUAGUCACUUAUGUAAGUGCAGAGGUGGGGCCAACCUGGAUGCCUACUUCACGUGUGUUUCAGAGUACAUUUAUUGUCAGUCCCACCUAACUCAUCUGGCACAGCGGAUGAGUGAUAGUAACCCAUCUUGAGGUUUUUUUCAUGAGUAAGUUUCUGCAGAAACAGGUGGUAAACAUGAGUGUGAAGGUGGGGCUGGGCUGCCCGUGCCCUUGACUUGACUUGGGAAGACUGGGAGACAGUGGGCCCUGCGCGACUUCGCCUGCUUGACACAGGUUUGGAUGGAACCUAGGGGUGGAAUGGGGGCAGCCCUGCUGAGCAGGGUCUGUCUUAGGUCCACAUUGCCCAUUAGAGGCCUGGAGUGUGGAGAUUGUUCACAGGAACCAGUGGGAUUGGUCUACACGUUCUGAAUGGGUUUAACGUUUGUGAAGUAGUUUUUUUCUGAAAUACUAAAGUUAUUUUAAAAUUAAAAAUCUUUAUUUGGUCUAAGUUAAUGUAUAAGCUAUCUUAUCUGUUUCAGUAUGGACAAACCUUUGAAAAUUCAAGUUUUGCUUAUAUUUGAAAAUUAAGUCUUAGUUGAGAAAACUCAGGAUGCACAAAAUUGCUUUAGACUGUUACUUUUUAUUUAUCCCAUUACCUCAUUGAUGAUAUUGACCCGAUUUUGCCAGAUGCUUAUUGAUAGAGUGCUGGAAUCAAAUCCUACUCUGAAUGUGCAUGAGAGAGGCUUUGUGUUUUCCACUGUGAAAUGCAGCCGUGCCUCCCACAAGGAGGUGCCCAGAAGCCAAAUUAAAGUGAUAACGACUUUU